AUGUAUCCGUCGCUCAUGACUAUCACUUUGUAUAGGCUGGAAAAGCUAGAAGAAUGGGCAGAAGAAGCAAUGAGCACAGGGAGUAAUGACCAAAGUGUAUUUCCUAAACUUGAGAGUUUGGAAAUUACGUAUUGUCCAAGGUUAAGAAAGAUUCCAAAUAGUUGUUUUCCGUCCUUGAAGGAGCUCAAAAUCACUGAUUUGGACAGCAGCGUGAUACUGGAAACAAUGAGCAAAAAGGUUACUUCUCUCAAGCAUCUAGAACUUCUCAAUAUCAGAAAUGGAGGAGAUUCAUCAUUAUAUUCUUCCUCUUCUUGUUCAAAUAUGGACUUUAUAAUUGAGGAGAUGUUAAAGAACAAUUCUCUGUGUCUGACCUCUUUGAGGCUAAUCGACUGUGGGGGUCUAAAAUGUCCUCGGCCAAGUACUAUUAAUUUAGUUGAAGGGUCAGUUGGUCUAAAAGAUAUUGAGAUUAGGAAAUGCCCCUCCUCUUUCUUAGAGCGGGUAUUUGCGCAAACUAGGAGUUCCACACUUGAAAGACUAAGCUUCGGCCCUUUCUCAGAGGAUUUAGACGAAUUUCCAUGGCCAUUCUCUUCUUCUUGCGUGGUUUCAUUUCAUAGUCUAAAGAAAUUAUCAUUGGACGGGUGGAAAAAGGUUGAAUCAAUAUUCGGGCAACUUGAUAAUCGCCUCUCCUCCACCUUCCCUGCAUUAACUGAAUUGAGAAUAAAUAAUUUCAAAGGAGUGAAAGCUCUCUCAGAUUCAAUAGCAAGGCUUCCAUCUCUCGAGAUGUUACUUAUAUUUGAUUGUGAGAAUUUGAAGACUUUGCCCCUGUUUGAAAAAUCGCAUCCUCUUCAGUUGCUAGAGACGGAAGGGUGUCCUCUUCUGAGAGAAAAAUAUAAGAAGGGAUGGCCAGAAUGGUUCAAAAUUCAACAUAUUCCACUUAUACACUGGGAGGAAGAUUUUUGAAGCCAACUGUGUCGUGCUGCAUCGAAAUGUAUUUUUAUUUGCCAAGGCUUCAAGUAUGGGUAUAACCAAUUAUGAGUACCUAGGGUAAAGAUCAAAGUGCAUUUCAGAGACUUGAGUUGUUGAAAAUCAGCAGAUGUCCGAAGUUGCAAAGAUUCUGAAUAAAUGUUUUCGGUUCUUGAGGAGUUAUAUGACAGCAACACAGUACUGGAAACAAUAAGCAGAAAGAUUAGUUCUCUAAUGCUUCAACACCUGUCUAAUAUCAGUGAUGAAGUACUUCUAGAGUACAUAGUGCUUAGUGCAUAUGUGAUUUCAAAGGAGUCUGAAAUGCUCCAUGAGGAACAAAAUAGAUGAUAUAUGAUUACUACUAUUAAUUUAUGACAAAAUGUGUAAAAGAGGUAAUAACAACCACAAAAAUAUCAGUGUUUGUGUAAUAGAUUAGAAAUUAAUUUAAUUUUGAAAUAAA